AUGGCAGUCUCCCAACCCAACCGCCAACUACACCUAACAGCAUUCAUGAGACCAGUCUCUCUACACACCGGAGCCUGGCGAUACCCCGGCUCCUACCCAGACGCCAAUUUCAAUUUCAAGCACAUCGUCCAAUUCGCCCAAAAGCUCGAAGCCGCCAAAUUCGACGCCUUCUUCAUGGCCGACCACCUCGCUGUGCUAAAUAUGCCCGUCGAAGCCCUAAAGCGCAGCCACACAGUAACAUCCUUCGAGCCCUUCACUCUCCUCUCCGCACUCUCGGCGGUGACGGAGAAAAUCGGGCUCGCAGCAACGGCCAGCACGACGUACGAUGCGCCGUACCACGUUGCACGGCGAUUCGCGAGUCUAGAUCACCUUAGCGGUGGACGAGCUGCGUGGAAUAUUGUUACUACGAGUAAUCCGGAGUCGAGUCAUAAUUUCGGCUUCGAUGAGCAUAUGGCGCAUGGCGAUCGGUAUAAGCGGGCGCGAGAGUUCUACGAUAUUGUCACUGGGCUGUGGGAUAGUUUUGCGGAUGAUGCGUUUACGCGGGAUGUUGAGAGUGGGCAGUAUUUAGAUCCGGAGAAGAUGCAUGUGUUGAAUCAUGAGGGGGAUGAGUUGAAGGUGCGCGGUCCGUUGAAUAUUGCCAGACCGCCGCAGGGAUGGCCGGUUAUUGUGCAGGCUGGACAGAGUGAGCCUGGAAGACAGUUGGCUGCUGAGACGGCUGAGGUCGUGUUUUGCAGUCCGAAGGAUAUUGAGGGUGCGAAGGCGUUGUAUGCGGAUAUUAAGGGCCGGGUGGAGAAGGCUGGAAGGAAGAGGGAGCAGUUGAAGAUUUUGCCCGCGGCAUUGAUUAUUGUUGCGGAUAGCAAGCAGGAGGCGCAGGAGAAGAGACUGAAGUUGGAUAGUCUGGUGCAUUAUGAUAGCGCCAUUGCGUCCUUGUCGAUUGUUCUGGGCGUGGAUGCGAGUCAGUUUGAUCCGGACGGACCCUUGCCGACAGAUUUGCCAGAGACAAAUGCGAGCAAGACGAGUCGGGAGGGUGCUGAGAAGCUGGCCAAGCAGGAGAACUUGACGGUUCGACAAUUGGCUCAGCGGUAUGGUGGUUUCUCUGGACUUGCCUUCCUGGGCUCGCCUAGUGAUAUUGCCGAGGAAAUGGAGACGUGGUUGAAGGAAGAGGCAUCUGAUGGUUUCACUUGCACAUUUCCUUUCCUGCCCCAGGGUCUGGAAGAGGUCACAGACAGACUGAUUCCGGAGCUUCAGCGCAGAGGUUUGUUCCGCAAGGAUUAUACGGGUUCGACACUGCGGGAGCAUUUCGGCCUAGAGAGACCGGCGAAUCGAUUCUUCAGCGAAGCGUCGUAG